CACAACCUUGCUAUGAUUAAUCGUUCAUUAGUUGUAAUUCAUUCAUCCACCACACUUGAGCUUGUUAAGAACAGGAAUACAGAUCUGUUGUUUCUCUUUCCCUUGCGUUCGGGUCGGCCGCCAUCACCUGUGUUGUGAGCAAAUCGGCCGCAAUGGCUUCCGAAAAGAAGUCACAGAACUCCAUGCGGGAGAUCAAAGUGCAAAAGCUUGUUCUCAACAUUUCCGUGGGGGAAAGUGGAGACAGAUUAACUCGUGCAUCCAAGGUGUUGGAGCAGCUGAGCGGUCAAAGCCCUGUCUUUUCCAAGGCUAGGUACACUGUGCGUUCCUUCGGCAUCAGGCGUAAUGAGAAAAUCGCAUGCUAUGUCACCGUACGUGGUGAGAAGGCUAUGCAACUUCUCGAGAGUGGGUUGAAGGUUAAGGAAUACGAGCUGCUGCGUCGCAACUUCAGUGAAUCUGGUUGCUUUGGGUUUGGUAUUCAGGAGCACAUUGAUCUCGGCAUCAAGUACGAUCCCUCCACAGGUAUCUACGGUAUGGACUUCUACGUCGUACUCGAACGCCCUGGGUACAGGGUCGGGAGAAGGAGGAGGGCUAAGUCCCGUGUUGGUAUCCAGCACCGUGUGACUAAAGAGGAUGCUAUGAAGUGGUUCCAGGUUAAGUACGAGGGAGUUAUCCUGAACAAGUCCCAGCAAAUCGCUUAGGUCCUAGUCUUUCAUCCUUCGGGGGAGGGCAAGGAGGCAUUGUAUUUUGAAGCAAUUAAACCGGGCUAAGCUUGAAUUGACGUAUGCCUCAUCUGUCUGAACACUGGACCUUCUCCUUUGUGCUAGUCUGUAAUGACUGUUUCAAACUAGUACAUUGUUGGUAUGCAAUGUACUCCGAACUCCUGACGCUAUACUGGAUCUUUUCUGGGGAUUGUUUAACUUUUUUCACUUA